AUGAUCCAGAAGUCAGAUUAUCCAUAUAAUUUAGAACCCGGAAUAGAUCAUUUCUUAAUACAUAAGAACACAAUAGACAAAGAAAUGUAUCAGAUCUCAAAAAUAAUUGCCAUCAAUGAAGGAUGGGAAAAGUUAGAAAAAUUUAAAGAUCGAUUGAUUACAUACAUAUUCAAUCUAGGACUUAUUGACACGAAACUACAUUACAGAACUCUUAUUUCCCCAGAACACAGAAGAUCCACAAAUUAUCCUCAUUUCCAUCUAUUCAUAAAGAAAAGAACUCAAAUAAUCAUAUUAGAAGGAAAUAUCGCAUGCACUAAAAGUACUCAAGGAACCAUUUUAAAAAAUUAUAUUGAACAAUUAGGACACACAGUAGAGUUUCUUGAUGAACAAGUAGAAGAAUGGGAACCACUCUUAAACAAAUUUUAUAGAUCUCAAAAAGAGUACCGGUUCGCCCUACAAUUAAUGAUCACAAAAGAUAGAUUGUCACAAUAUAAAGAAGCGCAAAAGAAAUAUCCAAACUAUGUUAUUAUGGCAAGAUCACAUGUUUCAGGACAAAUAUUUUGGGAAUUACAGAAACCGGAACUCAUAGAACACCCAGGAUCGUUUAUUAAAGGGACUCAUGAUCCAGAAGAAUUUCGAAGUAUGAAAAACAAUCAGGAAAAUAUUAUGAAGAAACUAAAAUUCUUGAACACUCAUGGAUACUGUUACGAUAUUCAACAAGGUGGCAUGUGGGAAUUUUCCAAAAGACAUUAUCAUCAAACCGAUACUGUAAUGGCUCCACGUAGGGUUAAUCUUGAAUUAUCCGCUGGAACUUAUGAAAUAGUAUCUAGUAUUGAUCGUAAUGUGAGAAAGAACCUUUAA